CACGUAACUGUCAGGACAAAGAUACAUUGCGGAAGCUGGCGAGAAUAAAUAGCGGUGUCCUAUAAUCUGUAAUACCAGUCAGCUUUGGCUCAGCAGCUCUCUUUAACCAGACGGUGUUCUCCAAGAAAACAGGGCUCUCGUUUAGAAAAAACAUGACGGGGAAUGGGUCUUACACAACGGACCUGACUGGUUUUGAAAGUUAUUUCCUCGCUAGCGUGAACGUUUUUUUUAGUCUGUGCGGUAUCUUGGGCAAUGUGCUUGUCGUCGUUGUGAUAGCGCGUAGCCGGCAACUUCACACCGUCUCUAACACGUUCAUAACGAGUUUAGCAGCGGCAGAUCUCCUCGUUUGUGUCGUUUCGCAGCCCAUGAACGCAGUGUUCCUAUAUGGGUUGCCACCUAAUACAACAUACGGCAACACACGAAAGAUGUUUUCAUUUGUCUCCCUUCUGGCAUCAAUCAGCAACUUAGCUGUCGUGACAAUCGAUCGCUACAUAGCCAUCGUUAAUCCAAUGCAGUACCAGCUCAGAGCCAACUUCAAGAGCGCCUCUCUCCUCCUCUGCGCUAUUUGGGUCGUGUCUUUGGCGCUGGGAAUACCGAGUGGUUUCGUACGAUCUAUUCAACAUAUCACGGUGUACUAUGUAAUUGCACUCUUGUUCGUCAUAAUUCCGAUCUAUGUGCGAAUUUAUUCAAUCGCUCGCAAUCAUGCAAGGCUCAUCGCUAAGCAAGGGGAGCAUAUCAAGAGAGAUUCAAAAAAAAAGAUUGAAAAGGAAAAUAUAGCAGCAAAAACCAUUGGGUUCGUCAUAGUCGUCUUUAUCAUUUGCUGGUUGCCUUUGCUCAUAACUCCGAUGAUUUUCCGUCACAGCGAGAACAGCCGUAUUGUCAGAAAGUCUUUGAAAUGGGUUCAGACUCUCGCUUUAUGCUCGUCAGCCUUGAACCCUGUUAUUUAUAGCCUGAAAACGCAGAUUUUCAGAAAGGAAUUGAGAAAAGUUUUCAGGAGCUCUCUCAAACGACAUUAUCGGGCAGACCAACAGAUGACAUUUGUCUAAAAACUCGACUGUAAACAAACAUUGAUUUUCCUCGAAAUUGAUUUCGCUUUAACCAUUAUUUUGCGGAACCCUUUCAGGAUAAAAUUUUAUUCAGAAUAGGAAAGCGUACUAAUGCAAGAUCGAAUGAUUAUAAAAAUACUUUAAUCGUUGCGCAAAUAAUCAAUUUAUUAACCAUUCGAGUCGCGCUCGAUAACCGAGUUGUUGUCAUAACUUAUUGCAUAAUAGAUCCUGUUUUGAACUAGUCUUGCAACGACUAUAUUUCACAAAAUAUUUUCUCGAUAUGAUAUGCAUGCAAGAUUGUAAGUAACGUUUACUUUAGUUGUUAGCCAAACGGAAAUUCGUCUAGCCGAAUGACAUCAAACUUAAUCGCUCGGCGUUCUUAAAAAGUAGUUAUCGUUAUUCAGCGAUGUUAGGCUUUUAUAUUUGUGUAGAUAUGGUCGACUCGUGGUUCUUUCCUGUUGCGCUCUUCAAAAGACACCAAAAAGUAAAAAAAAAAAAAAAAACACUCGUUCUAAA